AUCAUGUACAUUAAACACUAAUAUGUAGUAUUAUGAAAAAUUAUUUAUUAUAAAGAUUUCAUAAAUCUUGAGAAAAGUUAUGAGUGACAGCAUAAUCUACUUGAUCUUAACCCGUUGGCAGAAAUAGAAAAUAAAUUACAAUUUCUGAGAUUUCAAACAAUUCCUCCAGAGUAGAAUGAAAUAAGAAGUAGAACAUGUUAACCUCUUUGGCGUAACAGAUUGUCGGUAAAAAUAUUCCAGCCAAUAUUGUUGAUCUAAUUCAAUACGAAAUGUUACAAAUAAUAUUUUUCAUAUUGAUAUGUAGUUUCGUUGGCGUUCGCUCUGCCAAUCUCGAAACAGUGAGUGAUGAAGAGCUUAUAAAUCUUAUAAAAACUGAGAAAUAUGUAGUCGUACUUUUUACAAGCAAACAGCGUCAAUGCACAACGUGUGAUAACUAUAAGAAUGAAAUGAUUCGUUUAAUACAAGAUCUAAAUUCUUUAUCUACUGGGGUUGUGGAAGCUAUUGACAGUCAAUUGCUUCGUGUCUAUAGUGACGAUAAAGAACCAGCACUUGUGUUCUUUAGGCAUGGUGUGCCUUUAUUAUAUGAUGGACCUCUGAAUGCUGAAGAAAUUUUAACUAUGUUCAGUGAAAACAAGGAACCUACAGUGAAGGAAUUAACUGAUGAUACAUUUGAACAUCUAACACAAGCAAGUAGUGGAGCUACAACCGGGGAUUGGUUUGUUAUGUUUGGCAGUACAGACUGUGUGGAAUGUAGUAGACUGAUUCCAAGGUGGGAGGCUGUAGGUGCAAAACUAAAACGAAGGGUUAAUGUAGCACGUAUCAACAAAUACACAACUGGAGCAUCCACGGCAAGAAGAUUUAAUGUUUAUAAAACUCCAGAAUUUAUAUUCUUUAGACAUGGUAAAAUGUAUCGUUAUCAGAUUCCAAAAUACGACGUUAAUUCUUUUACAUCAUUUGCAAAAGAAUAUUACAAAAAUGCACAUGCUGAGACUGUCCCAGUACCACAACGACGACUCGAUGAUCUUGGAGAAACAAUUGCGAAUUUCUUACAUGUAAAUCCAUGGAUCAGUAGCAUAGCGAUCGGCGUAUUUAUUAUAAUUUCCGUAGCUUUUAAAUUCAGACGCACAACUGAAAUGGCACAAAAAAGGGACUAGCCAUUUCGUGUAUCAAAGACAUAUAUUAUGGGUCCUGUCUCAAGUUAUUAUUGAUCAUGAUUUUAUACAAAUCACAAUGUAUGUAUAUACAUAGAUAAGAUGAAUAAAGUUUUUAAUUACAGUGAA